AUGGUGGACAGACCAAACAAGCCGUCAGCUCUGGCUGCCACCCCAGGUCUAUCCCCGCAGCCGCAGGUGACCAUCUCGGAUGGCAGCUCUCGUGUUUCAGCUGUCCUUUCCACAGGGGAGAGCGUCGAAGUCCUGCUCUUCGGCGCUACUGUCCUCAGCUGGAAAGAUGCCGGUGGUAGUGAAAAGUUGUGGUUGAGCAAGGAUACGAAGCUGGACGGGUCGAAAGGUGUUCGCGGGGGUAUCCCUUUGGUGUUUCCGUUAUUCGGCCCUGCUAGUUCCAAUCAUGAAGCAACUUCAAAAUUGCCUCAGCACGGGUUCGCUAGAACGGCUCGGUGGGAGUUUCUGGGCAAAUCCACCAGCGAGGGCUCCAGCUCCAGCGUAAAGCUUGACUUUGGUCUCUCGUCUGAUGGCCUGGCCGAAUCUGUCAAGGCCCUUUGGCCCUACAAGUUUGGUUUACUAUACAGCGUCACCUUGGACCGUGAAAGUCUGAAUACGACCCUGGUCAUAACCAAUGAUGGCCAAGAAUCUUUCGAUUGCCAGAUGCUGCUGCACACGUAUUUUAACGUCAAGGAUAUCUCUACAGUCCAAAUCACUGGGCUGGAAGACUCCAAGUACGUUGACAAGGUAGAUGGCGCCAAGAUCAAGACGGAAGUUUCGUCGCCGGUGGCAGUCUCCGGUGAAAUGGACCGUGUUUACACCCCGGCCAAGGGUCCCCAACAUCCAAUUGUCAUUUCUGAUUUCGGCCGCCCCAGCUUUCGCAUAGUCAGAGAUAAUCUUGAGCAAGUCGUUGUGUGGAAUCCCUGGAGCGAGAAGGCCCAGGGAAUGUCCGACUUCACUCCCAUGGACGGCUAUAAGAACAUGGUGUGUGUCGAAGCAGGGAGCGUCGAUGGCUGGCAGAAGUUGGACAAGGGCGAUGCCUUUGAAGGCGCCCAAAUUAUUUAUAUCUUGUAA